AUGUCCACUAAUAAUACCUAUUUUCCAAUCAAGAUUGAAAAAGCUUCGAAUGAUCCAACCCUUUUGCUCAAUCAUACAUGUUUAAGAGUCAAGGAUCCAGCAAGGACCGUUAAGUUCUAUACCGAACACUUCGGUAUGAAGCUGCUGAGCAGAAAAGAUUUUGAAGAAGCGAAGUUUAGCUUGUACUUUUUGAGCUUCCCAAAAGACGACAUCUCUAAAAACAAGGAUGGAGAGCCUGAUGUUUUCAGCGCACAUGGUAUCUUAGAACUAACCCACAAUUGGGGUACUGAAAAAAACCCGGACUACAAGAUCAACAAUGGAAAUGAGGAACCCUAUCGCGGGUUUGGGCACAUCUGUUUUUCUGUAUCCGAUAUCAAUAAAACUUGCGAAGAGUUAGAAUCUCAAGGUGUCAAGUUCAAGAAGAGACUUUCUGACGGAAGACAGAAGGACAUUGCCUUUGCUUUGGACCCCGAUGGAUACUGGAUUGAGUUGAUUACAUAUUCUAGAGAGGGCCAGGAAUACCCAAAGGGCCCAAUUGGCAACAGGUUCAAUCAUACCAUGAUCCGUAUUAAGAACCCAACGAGAUCUUUAGAGUUCUACCAAAAUGUGUUGGGCAUGAAAUUAUUAAGAACCAGUGAGCAUGAAAGUGCAAAAUUUACAUUAUACUUUCUAGGUUAUGGCGUUCCAAAGACAGACAGCGUUUUUUCAUGUGAAAGUGUGUUGGAACUAACUCAUAAUUGGGGAACGGAGGAUGAUCCCAACUUUCAAUACCAUAACGGUAACUCAGAGCCCCAAGGUUAUGGUCACAUCUGCAUAAGUUGUGAUGAAGCUGGCGCCCUCUGUAAAGAAAUUGAAACCAAAUACGGCGAUAAGAUCCAAUGGUCUCCUAAAUUCAACCAAGGCAAAAUGAAGAAUAUAGCCUUUUUGAAGGAUCCCGACGGUUAUUCCAUCGAAGUCGUCCCACAUGGUUUAGUUGUCUAA